AUGGCCACCAACCCACAGCCGCAACCGCCUCCCCCGGCGCCGCUGCCGCCUCCGCCGCAGCCUCAACCUCCGCCGCCGCCCCCACCGCCCGGCCCGGGGACCGGCCCUGGAGCAGGCGGGGCGGGCGGCGCGGGAGCCGGCGCCGGGGAGCCGCAGCUCGUGGCCAUGAUCGUGAACCACCUCAAGAGUCAGGGCCUUUUCGACCAGUUCCGCAGGGACUGCCUCGCCGACGUGGACACCAAGCCCGCCUAUCAGAACCUGAGACAACGUGUUGACAACUUUGUGGCAAACCACUUAGCAACUCAUACAUGGAGUCCUCAUCUCAAUAAGAACCAGCUCAGAAACAAUAUCAGACAGCAAGUCCUCAAAUCAGGAAUGCUGGAGUCUGGUAUCGACCGAAUCAUUUCUCAGGUUGUGGAUCCAAAGAUCAAUCACACAUUCCGACCUCAGGUGGAGAAAGCUGUGCACGAGUUUUUGGCCUCAUUGAAUCACAAAGAGGAGGCAAGUGGCAGCGCAAUUCCCGAUGAUGAGAAGCCAGACUCAUCCGUCAUUACACCAGGGGUCCCUGCUCCUGGACCCAGUGCGAACGUAGCCAACGAUGCCAUGUCAAUCUUGGAAACCAUAACAUCCCUCAACCAAGAAGCUAGUGCAGCCAGGGCCUCCACCGAAACUUCAAGUGCGAAGGCCAGUGAGAGAGCCUUCAAAAAGCUCUCUUCUCAAGCCAGCGCCGACGCUAACAUUGAAAAAGAGAAGGCGUCAGAAGACACAGUGGAUAAAGACAAGUCCCCCCCCGACUCUGCAGGGGAUGCACUGGAAGUGACCCCAAAAGCCGAGGACUCAAAUGACCUCCUUGGUCCAGUUGAAGACAUUAAAAUGUGCACAAAAGAGAGUAAUAGCUUCACCCUUGUCAGUAAGGAAGUUCAACAGGAAAGUAGUGACCCAAAAAAUAAGUCCACGGACAAAAGUGAAAAGAAAGCUGAUAGCAAUGAAAAAGGAGAGCGGAAAAAAGAGAAGAAGGAGAAGACUGAGAAGAAAUUGGAUCACUCCAAAAGGAGUGAAGAGACACAAAAAGUAAAAGAUGAAAAACAAGGGAAGGAAAAAGAAGCUGAGAGUUCAAAAGUCCCUUCAGAAAAGAGCAAUCCUAAAGCUAAGACCAUUGACGGAACUAAAGAAGAUUGCUCUCUGGUAGAUUCUGACGUGGAUGGACUUACCGACAUCACUGUCAGCUCUGUCCACACCAGUGACCUUUCAUCCUUUGAAGAGGACACCGAGGAGGAAGUUGUGGUGUCUGAUAGCACUGAAGAGGGCGAGAUUACAUCUGAUGAUGAAGAGAAGAGCAAGCAGAAUAAAAUAAAAACUCCGGCUAGCGAUCCUAGUGAAGGAAAAGCAAAAAGUGUACGACAUGCUUAUGUCCACAAGCCGUACCUGUACUCCAAGUACUACAGCGACUCCGAUGACGAGCUAACAGUCGAACAGCGGCGACAAUCUGUUGCUAAAGAAAAAGAAGAGAGACUUUUAAGAAGGCAAAUUAAUAGAGAGAAAUUGGAAGAAAAACGAAAACAGAAAGCAGAAAAGACAAAGUCUUCAAAAGCCAAAAGUCAAGGCAAAGGUAGUGUGGACUUAGAAGAAUCAUCUGCCAAGAAUUUGGAACCCAAAGUCCCCCGAAUUAAAGAAGUCCUUAAAGAAAGAAAAGUUUUAGAGAAAAAAGUAGCCUUAAGCAAAAAAAGGAAAAAAGAUUCAAGGAGUACUGAAGAGAAUUCUAAAAAGAAGCAGCAACCUGAAGAAGAUUCCAGAGAAACCAUCAAAACAAGUGAGCAUUGUGAAAAGGAAAGGAUGUCUUCCUCAAAGGAGAUAAAGCAUGCUCCUGCCAAAAGUGAAUCGAGUAAGCCUGCCAGGAGACUCUCAGAGUCUGUGCAUUCAGCUGAGGAGAAUAAAAGUGAAUCCAAAGUAGAAAGAGAACAUAAAAGACGGACCUCUACCCCUGUCGUGGUAGAAGAGUCACAGGAAGAAUCCGACGUAAGAGAUGGGAAACGGCAAGUGGACCGCUCAGAACUUGGCACGGAAGAACCACAGAAACCAAAAAGCUCACUGAAAAAUGAAAGGCAUCUGAAGAGAGAUGAUUCUGAAGCUCCACAUUCAAGGAGCCUACCUAAGAAAGAGGUGAAAUUCUCCAAGGAGAAAUCACUGUCAGAAGACAAAUUGUCUACGAAACAUAAAUAUAAAGGUGACAGUGCACAUAAAACAGGUGAUGAGGCAGAACCUCACUCUUCUGAGAAAGGUUUGAAAACAGAUGAAAAUAUUCAAAAACAAAGUCAACAAGCAAAACUUUCUUCAGAUGAUAAAGCGGACCGAAAAAGUAAACAUAGGAAUGAAAGGAAACUGUCCAUUUUGGGCAAAGAUGGAAAGCCAGUUUCUGAGUACAUUAUAAAAACAGAUGAGAAUAUUCGUAAAGAAAACAGCAAGAAAGAGAGACACAUGUCAGCUGAGAAAAAUAAAGCAGAGCACAGAUCAAGAAGAUCAAGUGAUUCUAAAAUUCAGAAAGAGAUGCUGAGUUCCAAGCCACAUGGUACCACCUUUCAAAAAAGAAGUGAAAGUUACUCAGAAGAGAAGUGUGAUACAGACUCAACUAAUACAGAUAGUAACUUUAAACCAGAUGAGAUUGUUCACAAAGAGAAGCGAAGAACAAAGGGCUUGUUAGAAGAGAGACUUGUGAUAAAGUCUAAAUCAAAAAGUCAAGGCAAGCAAUUGAAAGGGGUUGAAACAGAAUUACAAGAAAGUGUCACCAAACAGGCGACCACUCCUAAACCUGAUAAGGAGAAGAACACUGAAGACAGUGACUCAGAUAAGCAACGAAAGUCUAAAAGUGAAGACAAACCAUGUGAAGAGAGUGGCAUCAAGCCCACGUUAGAGAGCGCUUCUUCCCACGCUGCUCAGAAAGACUCCAGUCACAGAGCUAAGUUAUCAUUAGCAAAGGAGAAAUACAAGGGUGAUAGAGAUUCGACUUCAUCCAGGCUGGAGAGAAAGCUGUCCGAUGGGCACAGAAGCAGAAGCUUUAAACAUAGUAGCAAGGAUGUGAAGAAGAAGGAGGAAAAUAAAUCUGACGACAAGGAUGGUAAAGAAGCUGGCAGUAACCAUGAAAAGGCCAAAGGGAAUAGUGUAUUGGAAAAGAAAUUGAGUAGGAGGUUGUGUGAAACUCGAAGAGGAAGUUCAUCACAAGAAGUGACCAAAGGAGACGAGAAGUUAACGGCCAACAGCUUGGGCACUUCGGGAAUUUCCUCUCUUCAAAGAUCGAAAAAAAGUGGUGAUGCCACAUUGGUCCUUGAACAAGAACCAAUGGAAAUUGAUUCUGAGCCAGCCAUUGAAAACGUAUGUGUAGCAUCUAAAACCCAGGCCAGCAGCAAUAAUAGUUCUCAGCAAGAUAACGACUCUGAAAAUGUUACGAAACAAAAAACGACUUCCACACUUCUAAAGGAAGAAUUACGAGCCGCCGUGGUAGAUUCCAGAACAGCAACCCCAGGCUGUAAGUCAGGACGCGGAAUGGUGGUUGGUCAUUCUGAAAAGCACGCCGGCCACAAAAGCAGCCUGACCAAGAAAGCCCACACCCAAAAUGUGACUUCCAGACCAACACCUGAGGAGAAGGAAGCCGUCCCACAGGGAACUCAGAAAGUAAAUGCAGACUGUGAACCUAGCCAUAGAAUGUUGCCUAGUGCCUCCUCUGAUACUGAUCGGAUGCAAAGGAAUUUGAAAAACACAUCCAGAGCCACCGAGGAGCCUGUGACUCGAGGUGCUACCCUUGAACAUUCCACUCAUUUAGACCCCUCACCUAUGACUGUUGUGCCUCACACAUCAGAUGUCAUCCCUUUGGCUGACAAACAGACUGUUUUAGAAAGUGGGGCAGCUGGCAGCUCACUUCUGGAGCAGUCUGCUGGCUCUAAUCAAAGUUUGACUGUUGGGGACGCAGGAGUCCGUAGGACACGUGACAGCAAAGAAGCUGGUGAGGGUUCUGCAGUAGACACGCCAACAAAAGCGAGCACAGACCGCGUAAGACACAUUCCAGAAGGUCCUCAGGCCGUGUCAGUGCACAGCAAACCAGGAAGGGUGCACAGACAUCAUGGCAGCAAGUUAAUAGACAUGGCCGGAGAAAAUGCAAAUGUUAGCAAAGAGGUGGGCGUAGCAGGCGUGGCCAAGAAAGAAACUGAUGUCACUACAGAGCCCAGUGUAAAGAAGAGCAUGAGAGCUACGGUUGAUAACAGCCGAAAGGAUACCAUUGCCAUGGAUCAUGUGGUCGGGAUAAAUAGAGAAAGAGCUGCCCGAAGUCUGGAAGUGAGAGAAACAGUAAGCGUCAACAGAAGCCCGAGUGAAAUGGACAAGCAGCGCAUGGACGGUGAGGGAAGGAGUAUGAACAGUGAAGUAGGCACCAGUGCUGAAGAAGGUGGUCCAUCCGCUGUUUCGCACCCAAGAAAUACGACAGCUGAGAGUGUGACCGCUGGGUCUGAGAGAGCAGGACAGACUUUCAUGGCCACUAGUACUGAAGGGAAGAGCACAGCGGUUCCCUUAAACUCAGUGAAGGCGGCGGGGGCUGCCACAACUACCUCUUCAGAAACAGGAGCGCGCCAGCUGGCUUUGCCUUGCAUGAGCAUUGAGGCCGACGAAGGUCUCACCACAGGUGCAGGCCCCAGGGACACUCCUCUGCACGCAGGGGCAGAACCGAGCGAGUGCACCGUGUUUGCAGCAGCUGAAGAAAGUGGGGGCGUCGUCACGGAGGGGUCUGCUGAGAGCGAAACUUCCCUCACCAGCACCAAGGGAGGGGAAAGUGGAGCAUGUUCCACGGCUGGAUCGAAAGACAGAACCGCAGACCCAGUGACUGCUCGCACGCAGGCACCUGAGCAGACUGUGAAUAGCAUUGGAGCAGAAGAAAAAGAUGAUGCAGUAACCAGUGCUGGCUCAGAAACAAAAUGUGAGGGUUCUUCAGGUAGAGACUCAGAAAUGGUUGAAGGAGCGGUUACGUUUAUCAGUGAAGUUGAAAGCGAUGGAGCGGUAACAAGUGCUGGAACAGAAAUAAGAGAGGGACCCUUAAGCAGUGAAGAGGUAGAUGAAUUCCAGAAAAUGACGACAAGACUGGGCCCAAAAAAAGACACGGAGGGUACUGUGACAUGCACUGUUGCAGAAGGAGGAAGGGAUAACUUUGUCAUCUGCUCAGUAACGGGCGCCGGGCCACCGGAGGAGCGCAUGGUCACAGGUGCAGGCGUGGUCCUGGCAGGUAACGAUGGGCCACCAGGAGCAAGUCCCAGCCAAGAAGGAGACGGUUUCGUGAAUGACGGGGCAGAGGGGGAAAGUGCAGUCACCAGCACGGGGAUCACAGAGGAAGACGGAGAGGGGCCAGCAAGCUGCAUGGGUUCUGAAGGCGGCGGUGGCAGCGGCGGCGGCAGCGAGCGCUUUGCUGUAAGUUCUGAAUCUGAAGAGAAUGGGGAGAAUGCAAUGGACAGUACAGUAGCCACAGAAGCCACGACUACCCCUUCCGUCACCGCCACGGGUCCUUGUGACGACGAAGGCAUCGUAACGAGCACAGGUGCCAAGGAGGAGGAGGACGAAGGCGAGGGUGUUGUAACUAGUACCGGCAGAGGAAAUGAGAUUGGGCACGCCUCCACUUGCACAGAUGUAGAAGAAAGUGAAGGUGCGUUGAUCUGUGGCAGUGCCCAAGGGGACAGUCAGAUGGGCACCGCAGCAGAGCACGUGGAAGCAGAGGCAGGUUUGGCCAUUGUAAAUGCCAAUGAAAGUAAUGUUGACAGCAGGGCUGGUGCCGAGAAGGGAAUUAAAGACACAGAGAUCUGCUCCAGCGCUAAAGGGAUCGUAGAAAGCAGCGUGACCAGUGCCAUUUCAGGCAAGAGUGAAGGGGCGCCCAUUCCUGAAGGUUGUGAGGGUCCAAUGACAAGUGCAGCUUCAGCUCAAAGCAACAGUCAGCUCACCAGGAAGGAAAAAGUGGAAGACGCCACCAUUUCCACUGGGACGGUGGGGGGCAGUUAUGAGGCCCUCAUAUCCGGUGCAGUCCCCAAAAGUGAAGUGGACCGCCUGUCCAGUGAAAAAGAAGAUGAGGGUGUCAUAACCUCAGGGAAGACUGAAGAGUGUGCUGGUCUCAUGGCUGCGACAGCCGGAAGUGGCACUGCCGGCCAGGAUGCUUUCACCGGGGGUAAAAGUCACAGGCAAGGCUUGAUGAUUUCCACCAGUACAAGUAAUGGUUACGCCAGGCUGCUGAGCUUGACUGCCAGUGUGGAAGGGGGCCACUCUAGUGCUCUGAGAACUGGAGAAAGUGGGGACGAUGGCCGUGUCAACGUGGACGAGUUUGAGGCCCCCAUGCCCAGUGCUGUUUUGGGAGAUGCGGGGCAGCCCGCUGCUGCUAGAAAUGAGGAGAAAGACGAGUGCGCCAUGAUUUCCACCAGCCUUGGGGAGGAGUUUGAAGUGCCCAUAUCUAGUGCGAGUACCACCAAAUCUGCCGAAAGUCAGCUGCCAGUAGCAACAGUUGAAGAAAGAGAACAAGGUCCGAACUUGGAAAGCACCGAGGACUUUGAGGCACCCACGCCCAGCGCACCCACUGAAGUGGAAAGUCCUCUUGCCUCGACCAGCAAGGACGAGAAAGACGAAUGCGCUCUCAUUUCCACGAGCAUAGCCGAAGAAUGCGAGGCCUCCAUCUCGGGGGCAGCAGUGCAGAGGGGGAGCGAGCACUCUGCCACCAUCGUGGAAGAAAGGGACAGCAGCGCCAUCAUCUCAACCAGCUCAGUGGAGGACUGUGAGGGCCCCGUGUCCAGUGCAGCCCCUCGGGGGGGUGCCCUUGCCGACGAAACCAGCGACGCAGCCAUGAUCUCCACGAGUACCUCCUCCGAGGGACGGGAAGCCAUCAUGGUUGAGGGUCAGCCCAUGACCGUGCACAUGGAGGACCCAGGCGACACUGCUGUCAUCUCCACCAGCACAGCUGAGUGCGGGCUGUUGGCUGCCAGCCAGGACAGACAGGAAGAGAACCGAAUCAGGGCCCAUGCCCCAGAAGGGCACACUGACCGGCCAGCCAAGGUGAGCAAGCGCGCUGUUCCAACGCCCAGCCGGUGUUCCAGGCCCGUCCCAGGAGGAAAGGCGAUGGGCCCUGGUGUGGCAGGAAGCCCCGAGGAAAGGGAAGAAAAGGUGCCUACCCAGGUGCUCUCUGCAGGGCAUGCUGGAGAGAAAGAUGGACACAGCCAGGACAGCUCUGGCAAAGUACCACUUGCAGACAGAGGGCAAUGCACGAACAUGAGCCUCGUGAACUUAGGAGAAAAGGGUGGACUGGUGAACUCUGUUCAGAAAGCCGAUGAUGGCGCUGAGGUGGGGAUGGCAUCAAGUAGCCCCACUGCCUGUUGUUGGGCCAGGAAGGACUUAGAGCUGAGUGCUCACUCCCUCCUCAGUCUGCAAGGAGUAGCGGCAGCAUCCUGGCAGACGGCCACGGACUCCCCUGUCAGCAUUCGCUGUUCGGCAGCAGGAACUACGGUUGCUAACAAAGCCGACCUGCUGGAUACCCGGGACACUGCUGUAGCUGAGGCCUACUUGAGAAACGUCCGCACUGAAUGUAUCAAUGGCCAGGAGUCUGAAAUUACUCCUUCCAACUCCACAGUCCUCCCCACUGCCAAUGACAGCGCGCUGUCGGUCCCAGCAUGUGAGCAGGGCUUGAGCCUGAAGCAUGGGCCUCAUGGCAGGUGGCCUGCGGCUGGCGUGACAAGACCGUUGCCGCAGGAGGUACGCCUGUUGCCGACCCCUGUUUCUUCUGAUGGAACUGCAUGUGGAAUAGGCAAUGAAGAGUCCCCACCACAUGAUUUGGCAGGAUUGGAACUGAAAGUCAACUUGAAAACUGAGACCCGUGUGCCUUCAGAGGAGAAGGCGGAAAUUGUAGCGCCUCCAGAAAGUCCCUGUGUGGAAAAACCAAGCGAAAUAGUUGAACUACCGAGGGAGUCUUCUUUGGUGAAUGAAUCCCUAAAUGUCAAAAAUUCAGAGUCAAGAACAAAUGAAGAAAUUCAUAGCAAAUCUUGUAACAAAGAAGAAAUUUCCAGUGGGAAAAAAGACAACACAGAAGCUGUGCGAGGUCACAGUGCUGAAGCAAAUUCUAAAGAGGUUGAAGUUUCAGUCCAAGAGGAAGAGAGACCUAUGGGUAGAAGAAAACAAAAGAAGCACUAUCACUCUUCAGAUGAUGACCUGGAUGACAGUCCAGAAGCUCCGGAUUCCAGAAGAGACACCACACAGAGGCUAGGCUCAGACACUGACCCGCGAGAUCCAAAGGCAGAGCGCUGCGGUGAUUUGGAAGAGCUGUCUGCAACAGACUAUAAGACAAACAGCAUGGUGUCAAAGGCCAUGGACGAAAAAGGUGACUAUGGCAGCAGUGAUGCUACGGGGGAAAAGUCGGAGCAGAACGAAGAUGACAGCCUCAAAUCUCAGGAGGAAGAUCAGCCUGUCGUUAUUAAGAGGAAAAGAGGCAGACCACGUAAACACCCUGUGGAAACUGUGUUCAAAACGAGAGAGGACUCCAAAGCAGACACUGGCAUUGGCACUGCAGAACAGUCUCCACCCAGCAGUAAAGCGAAAGUACCACCAACAGAUGAGUCCAGCAAGGAAACAGCUCACCCACAAGAACGAAGCGUAAGCAAUGAUGACGGGGAGGACAAAGCAGGAGCGAGUGUGCGUCGGAGGGGAAGGAAGCCGAAGCGGUCCCUCACUCUCUCUGAUGACGCUGAAUCCUCAGAGCCAGAAAGAAAACGCCAAAAGUCCAUUUCUGACACCACCGAGGACAAGAAAGACCAGGAGUCUGAUGAGGAAGAGGACGAGGAGGAGGAAGAUGAGCCCUCCGGAGCCACCACCAGAUCCACCACCAGAUUGGAGGCUCAGAGAUCCAAGGCCCAGAUCUCCCCUCCUACCAAGCGCAAGAGAGAAGCCAGCCCUCCCGGGGCGCGGACGCGAGGCCAGCAGAGAGUGGAGGAAGCCCCCGUAAAAAAGGCCAAGCGAUAA